AUGUCUUCAGAUUUAAGCACUGCACCUAUGCUGUUUUUUGAAGGGUACCUGAAGAAGAGGAAGGAUAAAAUGAAAAUCAGAUGGGCAACCUAUUGGUUUAGACUCCAUAACACAACACUUUUCUUCUACAAUAAGAAAGAAGGACAUGCUUCACACCUAAGAGGACAGUACUACAUAUACAUGGUUCAGUCUGUGCGGGAAGUGAAUGAAAGCAAGCGCCACACGUUUGAGAUGACCAUGAAAAAUGGGAAGAGAAAAGUGCUGGCCGCCGAGACGCCCGACUUGAGGUGUCAGUGGGUGAGACAGCUGUGGCAGGCCAUGCAGCUCUCUGGCUCUGGACGCUCCCUCAGCGUCUGUGCCUGGCCCAGGGCUUCUCAGCACGAGCAGAAGCCUCGGGUCGUCUCCACGCCCCCCUGCCCUUCAAACAGGCUGGACCCAGACCUGAUGGAGAAUACAGCUCAGCCCUCCUCACCGCCAGAGCCUGAGUCUGUCGCCCUACCAGACAGUGACCUGUACAGCGUUCCCCGCACAACAGAGAAAAACAUAAUUCCCACAGAUACUCCAAUAUACUGUAAUGUUUACCAGUACACUCAAGUUAACAAGUUAGCAAGUGACCAGAGUCAAGACCAGAAGCAGAAACCUGAAGAGAAUCUUUACGACGUCCUCCCACCAACCAGGAAAUCCCAUACAGAAGCCACAGAGAGCAUCUAUGACGUCCCCAAGUCCCUGCUGAGGAAGAUGCCAGAGCACACGCUGGAGAGCCAGGCUGCAGGAGAUCAACUGGUGGCCGCGUACUCCAUCACCCCUCUGAGAUGA